UGAUCCUCCUUAUCACAAGCACCGUCAUGAGUAAGCGCACGGUGGUGGAGUGGUCGCCUCACGACGCGUCGCUGUUCGCUGUGGGCUCGGACAACCUGCGUUUAUUCGAGGUCACAACUUCUUCUUCAUCCUCCAGCGACUAUGCAGACGCCGCACCGGAGUCCUCGGCGCUCACGACGCAGCGCAAACGCGCCUUCCGCGUCGUGCGUAUCAACGCCAAAGUCUCGCAGCUCAAGUGCCUGCAGUGGUAUCCGUUCGAAGCCAAACCACUGCUAAUCGCCACCGGUACCGGAUCGGGUAAAGUUUUACUGUGCGACUUUGAGGACCCGCGAGCCCGCGUCAUGCGCGAGUUCCUGCCCAAGUACAGUCGUCCUUGUCAUGCUGUGGCCUGGAACCCGUCGGUGCCCAACCAAUUAGCUGCAGGCUUCGAGAAGGUUCGCAGUGAUUUCUGCACGUUAGUGUGGGACUUGAACACGAGUAACGCAGUGGGAGCAGCAGCUGGGAGUCAAGGGAUGCCAAGAAGCAGUAGUAGUGGCAAUAUCGAGGGAUUAUUGGACCAAGAUGGAGGCAGGAAAGGAGGCAGCAAUGGAGGAGGGAGUGCUAGUGUCGGGGUGGGGGCAGGAAGUAAUGGAUUCUCCGCCGCAGACUCGAAACCGGUCCAUGAAUUGGCCAAUUCGGAAGCUACGAUGGCGCUUUCGUGGGUGCCGCUACAACCGACGUGUCUGGCCACUGGUACAGGGUUUAAAUGGUUGAGAGUGUAUGAUUUAAGAGCCAAAGGAUCGUCGCCCAUGAGUGUGGUAGCGCACAAUAAGGCGGUACUGGGAGUCGUGUUCGAUCAACACCGACCGCACAUGCUCGCAACGUACAGUGAUGCGCCACAGGAACCAGUGAAGGUGUGGGAUAUUCGACAAUUAGAGUCUUCAUCUGGUCCGCUGUUAUCGCUGUACCAGACCAGUAAGAACCUGGCACAAGUGUCGUGGUGUCCAUCAAAGCCAGGGAUUCUCGUCACAGCGUCUACCGAGGAGAAAUGGGUGUCAUUAUGGGAUGUCACGAAGCAAGAGAGCGGGUCCUCGACCCUCAAGAAGCCUUUUCGUAGACGCUACACAUCAGAACCACUCACAUCUUUCUCGUGGCAGCAUGUGGACUCGCCAUCACCGAUGCAACGCGCGACAAACGUAGGCAAGAGCAGCAGUGCACAGAAACACCAGCUUACUGCAGCAGCCUUCCCGAAUCGCCUGCUGACCGCAUCAGUAUCUGGCGAACUUGGAGACAUUUCGGUGCACGAUGCUAUGCCACUCUCGCUAUCAUCUCACGGAGCUGUGACGUUCGGUUGUGGAAGAUUAUUGUUCGGCGGGGCUGUCAGUGGACCUGGAUUGGGGACGUCAGCUAUGACUCGACUGUCGUUGGAAGAAGACGUUGCUGCUGUCUCCCGUGUUGAAGAGGAUAUCUCAAAUGAAAUGUACAAGCUGGCUAAACAAGGCUACUCUAUCGGAUUAUCCAAGAACCUGAAGCUGUUUAACGAGCCUACACAACGUGGCCGUCAACUGCGCAACUUGUGGCUGUGGGUGGACCAGGUUGAAGCUCUUCGUCGGAUUCGAGCGUCACGUGUGGAGCAGUCGCGUUCUACCAGCAAUGGACUUGGCAACAGUGCUGUUAAUGCUGCAAUGGCUGGUCCUCUACGGGGAUGGCCAGUUGAUCCCAACGCGCUUGUUAUCGCUGGUGUGAAGAACUUAUUGACAGCCUCCGGAGAUCCUUCGACAACCUCAAGACCUGCUUCGGGCUCUACUGCCACUGCUCAGGAGGAUUCCAGAGAAGAAGAGCCUGUUGUUACCGUCGUGUCUGUGAUGAAAAUUGAUCAAGUUCUUGGCUGUCAGUACUUUGAAGGACCUGGACGACGACUGGGUUUGCUAGCAUGCAACUGGGACCCCGACAGUGGACAAGGGGCCUCUCGAUCGUCGACAACAGGUGUGGGAGGGCCAGGUCUCGAUAAUGCCGCAGGGAGGAACAUGCAUCGCAGUAGUUCAAGUAUCUGGAACCCUCAGAAGCAGUACGAUGAGAAUGCGCACUUCGCGAACCGCUCCUGGAACGAAAAUGGUCGACACGAGCUCCAAAAUAUCCUCAAUCGAUGCGAGUUGGAAGGUAAUUACGCUCGCGCAGCAGCACUGGCAGUUUUCCACGGUGACUUGAAUGCAGCCGUGGCGUUACUUCAGAAAGGAGCGACGUGGCUGAGUCAGAUGCAGCACUUGAACGUUGGAGUCUCUUCGCCGUAUUCACCGGAUUUACUACAACUGAUCGCCAUGUCCGUUGCCGGGUAUUCUGCGUCCAUUGCAAGUGCUGGGGGGCUCUCUCUGUGGUCGAACAUGACCCAGCAAUUGCUCAAACGCAGUGAGAUCAUGUCACAAGCAAACCCUCGCUAUUUCCACGCGAUGCUGUCCUUCUUGUGCGUCGCGAGCUCAGCUUCGUCGUCUAAUUCGACAAAUAUGAACACCAUGCGGGCAAGUCAACAGCCUCCACGACGUGGGAAUAAUCGUAGACAACAGUGGGGGAGUGUGGACGGACUAGCAGCCUUUGGAGCGAGACCGGCAAGUGCUGGAGCUUACUCAGCGAUUCUGAACGAUAUCACACUGCCUCUAAGCGAUCGUCUGGCCUUCGCUUGUCGCUAUCUCCAAGCUGACGAGUUGCUGGCGUUUGUGGCUCAGCACGAAGAAGAAAGCGAGCAGUUUGGACGGUUGGAAGGGUUAAUUGUGACUGGACUUAACGCGGACGGCAUUCGACUGCUGCAGACUUACUUGGAUAUGACGGGAGACGUGCAAACACUAGCGUUAUUAGCUGCACGACUGCCGUCUUCGUACGUGGCGAAAUCAUCUCGAUUGGAGCAGUGGAUCCAGAUUUACAAAGACCUACUCAACCAGUGGCAGCUCUUCCACGAACGCGCGCGCUUCGAUGUUGGUCGCUCGCAACUAGAAGACCUUCUUAACGGCUUCACCAGCUUCUCUCGCGACUUCGACGCUGAAGAAUUCCAAGCCGAACUUUCCGCGCCAUCGACGCUCUCCGUUCCACCGCAACUGUUUGUACGCUGCAAUUUCUGCAACGCCUCGCUCUCUUUGGCUAGUUUACUUCGCCUCGGCGGCUCUCACUCGUCGUGGCUCAAUCGUGCCAAGCCGAAGCUCACGUGCUGUCCGACGUGCCGCAAGCCGCUCCCGCAGUGUGCAUUGUGUUUACUACCCUUUGGAUCGCUGAAUCCCUACUUUGAACUGGCUCACCGUCGCUCAAGACAAACAUCGGACGCAGUGAACAAUUUGGUGAGCAGCGUCGCCGCUGACAAUGGAGGCGUGCUGAAAGAACCCAAAAUGGGCAAAAAUGAGUACGAGAAUCUGGCCCAACUGUCCAGUAUCCCAUUUGUGGAGUGGUUUACCUGGUGUCAAUCUUGCAAACACGGAGGCCAUGCGCACCACUUGGCAGACUGGUUCAAGGUGCACACAGUAUGCCCCGUCACGGACUGCAAUUGUCAGUGUCAACACCUUGACUUGCCAAUCGUGGGCGAUGAUAAUCAAACUGAAAUUAUCGAGCAACAACGAGCGAGUGCUGCGGCACUGGCCACCCAACGUGCUGUGUCUAAAGACAAGAAGAAGAAGCAACAGUAUCAGCAAAAACAGGAGACAAAGGCACCGAUACGUGGACCCAAGAAAUCAUUCCUGGAGAAGCAACAGCAACAGCAGGCGUCACUAGGAUCCCAGAGCUCGCAACACAGUUUCACUGCGUCUUCUGCCAUGGGGUCAGGCUCCACGUAUCGCUCGUAUUCGUCGGCUCAGCUUCGCCCGAGUGGCUCAAAUAGUGGAUAUCCGCCACCUUUUUCACUGUCGGGAAGCAACUCGAUGGCAAAUCUUUCCAGUGGAGUGAAUACUGUCGGAUCUGGCAGCAACGUGGGAAGCGGGACGGUUAAUGACGGGAUUUCCCUCGGCAACAAACUCGACCAGUUGGAAAAAGACAAAAACAAUUAUCAGUACAUGUGAAACAAAGAGUGAGAAUUGAAAAUGGAUGAAUGAUUUUUUGGCAUGCAACAUUUGGCAAAUGGAUAAAUCGCUAUAGCUUAACAGGAAACGUGCUCGACAUGCCCAAGCGAGACACUCGACGGCUGUAGUCGUCCAUGAUCUCCUGUUCGGUGGUGCCCAGACGCUUGAUAGCUCUCUCGCGAUGCAAUUGCUGGUCGUUGAAGCCAAACAUGAACUCGACUUUGGACGACGGCUCCAUCUGGGAAACUCCAGUGUACCGACGUAGCUCUUCGCUUCGAAUGAUGUCGCUGUCGCAGAUGCCAAGCUUUUUCAUUCCCUUUUCCUUCUUCAAGAUGUCGGAAUUGACCCCAAGACGAUCAAGCGCGUGGUGACUGAUCUCGUCUGCCGAGUAUGUGAUGCGUCGCUUGCUUGUUUGGGCUGUACCUGGAGUGCCAAGCUUUGGAGCCGGCUGUAUCGGGACGAUCGGUUCCAUGUUGGCCCACGUUACUUCCUCUAUCUUCGAUGCAGUAUUCUGUCGAACUGGCAGGACUGGGGCUGGCAUUUCUACGCUUAAUGGCGGGGUACCUUCUUCCGUUGGAGCUGCGUUAUCCCUCUCAACUGAUGCAGUUAUCUCCUCCUCCUCUUCGAGCUGUAGCUGGGAUGGCGGCGUUACUACUUGAGCACGAAGCGAAGUCCGUCGACUUAACACAGGGCGGGACUCCAGUUCGACAGGCUGUACCGGAGUGGAUACAGCUUCCCCGUCGGCUUGAGAUAGUGACGCUAUCUUUCUUGGGGGUUCUUCGCGUUGAGCGAAGAUUGGAGUUUGCGGAGCUGAAUCCGAGCUAUGCAUAGGUUUUGACAAAGUAAACGCGACCCCUGAAGGAGAACGAGGAUCCGAAGACGUCGAGCCGUUAUUCAGCGGCCUGAAACGUUGGGUCUGGAUCUGGUUGUUCAGCCAAUCUUUCUUAAGCUGUAAAACUAAGACAGGAGAUUGACGACGGGUGUUCCCAGUUGGAAACCUGCAACAGUAAUGGAAUCAAAAUUGCCAGUUAGGGAAAGUAAAGAAAAUUCAAAAGUAGCGCACCUCGUGAAAAAUCUGGAAUUGGACAACUUGCAGAACCACAUCGCGGCUUGGUGUCGUCACGGAGAGCUGCAAGUAUUCACCGGCCAUCCACUCCAUUGCAGGCAGGUAGAAAACAACCUCACAACCGCUUUGCACCACUCCGUGCAUGUCGAAAUACAUUCCUUCGAGCACGACGUGGUUGGUACGAGAAUCCCAGCAACUAGAACGCUGCAGUUUCCACCAGUAGCGUGACUCCAACACGGUGGUCUCGAGUUUCGUAGGAUACUGGAUACAGGCAAGCAGACGAUAAACUCCUGUGGUGUGGAUAUAUACUCUCUGGACAACACCCUCCCACAAGAAGGAUGAGUGAUCGACUUCUUGGUUCUUUGAAGACGACACAAUAUGUCGCUGGGUCCUCAUCUGCCACUGAAUUGCUGUUUCUGAAAGACUUCGUGGGAUGUUAACCAGCAAGUGCCGACGAUCUUGUGGCUUCGGGACACACAAGUAAACAAGUAAGUUAGUUGGAAGUCAACGUAUUUGUAGCAGACACCUACGUGAUGUAGAAUGAAUACGAUAUCCUUGACAAAGACUCUGUACAGCUGCUUGGCUUCGCCACAUUCCUGGUCAACACCGAGC